UUUCGGCUGUCAAAUCGCGUAACACUAUUCAGAUCUUUUUUUUAAGGCAACGCUCGUGAGAAUCAAUACUUCUUUUUACAUUCAUUUAUUAAAACAACUAAACUAUACAAUUAUUGAAAUACCCCAGCAAUGUUGAGGGCCUCUACUGGUAUUUUGAGCCGUCUUUCUGCCGCAGAGGGGAAAACUGGAAGCUCCGAAUUUGCUUUGGAAUUUGUAAGAUGGAGACGCAAGCCCCGUUGGUUGCCAACAGCAAAGAGCAAAAUGUACAGAGUUCCUGAACGAAAAGAACAAACGACAGAGGAAAAGGCUGAGUUAUUGCGUCUUCAUAACAACUACAAGACACAGUUACGUUCCGUACGCCAGUAUUUAAGGGAAGAAAAUCAGCGAAUUGCUGAGACAUCCACUGCGGACCAUUUUGUUUUGACACCAGAACAGGAAGAAGCCGAUUUUCAACGUUGCCUGAAGGAAAACGAAAAUUGGAACCAGGAAAUAGCCCUCAUUCGUGAAGCACGUCUGGCCAAGGAGCGACAAACUAAGGUCGACUAUGUACAAGAAAGACUAAGACUGGCCGAACAACGAGAGGAGGAGAAAAUGGAAAAAAUUGAAGAUUUAGUAAGAAAGCAAAAGGAACUUUCCAAGACAUUCAUUACACGUGACAAUCUGGAUGCAGCCAUUGAACAAGCCAUAGCUAAUCCCAUUGACUAUAACUUCUCUAUAGAUCUUCAGGGAAAUAUGUAUCGGGGACGCACCAACACUCCCGGCAACCCUGGCGGGCAAAGCAGCCAAUCCCUUUUGGAAUCAGAAGAUCGUUUGGAAGCCAAAAAUUAAGUUGUAAUUAAGCCUCAACUGUAUUGUUUAUUGUUGCAUCGAAGUUUCUUUUCUUUCUCUUUUCUUUGUAAGACAUGUGAAGUGCAAAUGAAUGGGUAAAAUAAUUUCAAUUGUAUAGCAUAAUAAAAAAAACUAACAAAAUGCGAAAAACGA